CCCAAGCGAUCAAACGGGAAUAUCCAUUUGUCGCUGCAUGACUUGAAUGCUGACUUUUGAUUUUCUUUCCUUUCUGUUUUUCAUAUCAUCAGUGCCUUAGUUUACUGCAAAGGGACAUGUGGAAGCUCAAGAGUCUCUCAGCCAAGAAAGCCUAUUUUACCAUAGCGAUCACCGCAGGGGAAAUAACAGACAGUUCAUUAUUGCUGAAGAAGUUCCUGUGACCUGAACAGAUGGAAAUCGACUCCCAGCCCUGGAAUGAAAGUCAAUCUGAUGAGGACAGCGACCUAGAGGAGUUCCUAUAUGGAAUCCAAGGGAGCUGUGCGACUGACCUGUACCGCCAUCCCCAGCUGGACACAGACAUAGAGGCAGUCAGGACUCUUUACUCACAUGCUGCAGUCUCUGUUAGAGAGUAUGGGACAAUUGAUGACGUGGAUGUUGACUUGCAUAUCAAUGUCAGCUUCUUGGAUGAGGAAGUGGCCAAGGCCUGGAUGAUUAACCCAUCAGAGCCCAUUGUUAUCCGUCUGCACCUUUCUCCCUCCCAGUAUCUGGAUGGCCCUGCACCUUCAGUAGAGGUCUUUCAGCCAUCCAGAACUGACAGUUUUGGACCUGGGGUACAUUUACAGAAUAUUCUCAAAACGUUCAUAUCUCAGGAGUGGAAAAAUCUGACAAAUGACAACAUCACAGUCCAACAGAAGUCCAAACACACCUGGUUCAGGCCUGGUGGCACGAUCAAGAAGUUUCGUGCAAGACUUAGCAUCUGGUCACCGAUAUCAAGAUCCAGUCGGCUUCGAGAACCUCCUGUGAAGGGCAGGGUCGUUUUGCCAGAGGUAAAACUGAACAGUUUAAUGAAUCACACGACCUCCUACACCAUCAAGAAUCCUAAAGGAGAUCUCUUCACUUACACACCCAAUGGAAAGAGGGUGCUGGUGUCUGCAGUCAAGUCCCCGGCACAGCUCAGUACCAAACAGCUGAUAGAGCUGCUCUUCUCCUGCCAGGCCAUCCGGCACUGUAAGACAGCUCCCACUCUGCAGCAUGGCUUCUUGGUACAGAUCAUGAAGUAUGCUGAGCAGAGGAUCCCUACUCUCAAUGAAUACUGCGUGGUCUGUGAUGAGCGACAUGUGUUUCAGAACGGCCCCAUGUUAAAGCCAGCAGUUUGCACCAGGGAACUCUGUGUCUUUUCCUUCUACACUCUGGGAGUCAUGUCAGGGGCCACAGAUGAGGUUGCCACUGGUGCAGAGGUGGUGGACUUGUUAGUGGCCAUGUGCAGAGCGGCUCUUCUGUCUUCACGCAAGAGCCUCAUAUUUGAACCAUACCCUUCGGUUGUUGAUCCAUGCAACCCCAAGACCCUGGCCUUUAGUCCGAAGAGAAAGAGCUAUGAGAGGCUGCAGAGUGCCUUGGACAGUGUCCUGAUCGUCAGGAAGAUGGCACAGGGUCCAUAUUCAGAAAUGAAGAAACAGAUGGACAAGAUAGAUCCUCUUGCUCACCCUUUACUACAAUGGAUCAUAACAAGCAAUAGAUCACACAUUGUCAAGCUUCCACUGAACAGGCAACUGAAGUUCAUGCACACACCUCACCAGUACCUGCUGAUCAGCAGCCCUGCAUCCAAGGAGGCUCGUUUCCAAACUGCCAGAAAACUCUACGGCAGCACCUUUGCUUUCCAUGGCUCCCACAUUGAAAACUGGCAUUCCAUAUUACGAAAUGGCCUAGUUAAUGCCUCCUACACAAAGUUGCAGCUCCAUGGAGCGGCAUAUGGGAAAGGUAUCUAUUUGAGCCCUGUCUCAAGCAUAUCCUUUGGAUAUUCUGAGAUGGGUAAAGGACAGCACCAAAUGCCCACCAAAGAGGAGCUAAAGAAUAAGUACAACCGAAUAAACAAAAUCAAAGAGACUCGCCCAUGUCAAGCCAGGUUUCUGCAAAGCCACAACUUAAAUUGCAUUGCACUCUGCGAGGUCAUAACCUCUAAGGACCUUCAAAAACAUGGGAACAUUUGGGUGUGCCCCAUAUCCGACCAUGUGUGUACACGUUUCUUCUUUGUGUAUGAGAACGGGCAGGUGGGAGAUGUCAGCAUCAACACCCAGGAUGCCAGGAUCCAGAGGGAAAUUUUACAAGCAAUUGCGAAAAAGCUUGGCUGAGAAAACACACACACACACACACACACACACACACACACACACACACACACCACAUACUGCAUGCAUGCAGACACACACAAAUUGAAUCAGAGACACAUAGAUUGUGUGUUCCUUCACAAUUUUCAGGCGAUAAUUCUUAACUGAGCUGUGGUAUAAACUUGUCAGACUAAACCUGUUGAGAUUAAUCAACAGCAAGUUUUAUGUCACACUUGGCAAUAUUGUAUUUGAUAUAUAUUUGUUGCUGUUGUUGUUGCUGAUGUUUAUUUGCGAUGUUUAUUCAGUGCUCUGAGACGCUGUCCAUAGCAUAGGACUGGGAGGAUUGCCAUUUGUUUGGUGUUCAUUCAUGUUUAAUCAGGGAAAUUCCACUAACAAAAAAUAUAAAGAUCUAAGCGUGUGAAGGCUUGAGAGUUGGAGUAAACGAGGUUGUACUGCAAACCCUUUUUUUUUUUUACUUUUUAUUUUUAACACAUCAAGUUGAAUAAACAAACAAACACAAAGGGCAGAGAAUAUGAGCUCUUGUUUGGUAUGAUCAAAGACAGGAAGUCAGGUACAGUUCAGUUACACAGAUUUCAGCUUCAAAGCCUAUGAAGGGAAAGAGGAAUUUGUUUUGAAGGAUUUCACAUUUCUCCUUUUGUGGAUAGGUCAAGGAAAGGAGUUUAUCUUAUGAAAUACUUAUGGUGUGUGCAGGGGCUGUCAUGCAGGUCCUGUUACAGUUAAACUGAAAGAUGCAUCUAUCUUCAUUAUUCAGCUGUAUUUACUAGAUGGAUGGAGUGGUAUCUCAUGAUUUCUUUUGUGUUAUGCACCUGCAAAAGCUGUUUGCCUUUACAAUUGUAUCUUGUUGUACA